AUGGCUAGCGAGCAGGUUUAUGGCGUCACGCCGCCAAUCUCCGUCACUCUCCCCACAGAGGCGGAGAAGCGUGCCAGCGACGCCCUCAUCGAAGAACUCCGGCGCCAGAAAACAUUCGAGAGCCCGUCAGACACCCAGAAAAGGCAUGUCGGACGCGCAUUUACGGUUCUCGACUCGCUGCAAGAGAUUUGCAACGAAUUCGUCCGAAAGGUUGCCAGGGAAAAGGAGCCCAAGAAUGAAAUGCUCAUCAAAAACGCCAGGGGCAAGGUGUUCACGUACGGCAGCUUUCGCCUUGGCGUCUUUGGGCCUGGCUCGGAUAUCGACACGCUCAUCGUCGCGCCAAAAUACGUCACUCGAGAGGACUACUUCAAAUACUUUCCCGACCUGCUCGUCUCAAUGGCGCCCGCGGGAGCCAUCACCGAUCUAACCGUCGUCACGGACGCUUUCGUGCCCAUUAUUAAAUUCGAGUACUCCGACAUCAGCAUUGAUCUAAUCUUCUCUAGAAUUAUCCAAAAGCAAAUCUCCCCAGACUUCGAUAAUCUCAAAGACUCUAGCCUGUUGCGCGGUCUAGACGAAGCGGAGCUACGAUCCUUGAAUGGCACCAGAGUGACGGACGAGAUUCUGGCUUUAGUCCCCGAAGAGAGUACAUUCAAGCUUGCCCUGCGAGCCAUCAAGCUGUGGGCGCAACGCCGCGCCGUCUAUGCGAACAUUAUGGGUUUUCCUGGAGGUGUUGCUUGGGCGAUGCUUGUUGCCCGUGUCUGCCAGCUCUACCCCAAGGCUGCCACGUCUGUCAUAGUCAACAAGUUCUUCUUGGUCAUCGGCCAGUGGCGAUGGCCGCAACCCGUGCUUCUCAAGCCCAUAGGGAGCGGUCCUCUUCCAGUUCGCGUCUGGAAUCCCAAGGUCUAUAAAGGCGACUCGUUCCACCUGAUGCCCGUCAUUACACCGGCCUAUCCUUCGAUGUGUGCGACAUUCAACAUUACUCGAUCUUCCAUGUCCGUUAUCCAGCGCGAGCUUCGUCGCGGUUUAGAGAUUUCCGAGCAAAUCAUGGUUGGCAAGAGACCAUGGAGUGACUUGUUUGUCAAGCACACAUUCUUCACGUCGGGCUAUAGAUACUACAUUUCCGUGGUGUCUGCAAGCAAGGACAAGGAGGCCCACAAGGUAUGGUCGGGAUAUGUCGAGUCCAAGGUCCGUAUGCUGGUGCAAAAGUUGGAGCAGCAUCCCUCCAUCGCACUGGCGCACGCGUUCAACAAGGGCUACGAUCGACGACACCGGUGCAAAAAUGACCACGAAAUCGAGCAAGUGCAAGAGGGAAGCCUCGAGUUCAUGAUCAAAGAUGGGGGCGAUAAUCAGACUUCUGGCGAGAUAGAACCCAAGCCAGAAGUCAAGGAUGGCUCUGCUGAAGCUGUAUCCCCCGUCGAGGUCUUUACCACUACUCACUACAUUGGUCUCGAGCUGGAAGAGGGUGCCAAAUCCCUUGAUCUAUCGUACCAGGUUGACGAGUUCAAGGUCCUGUGUACUCAGUGGAAGAAGUACCAGGAAGAACUUCAGCCAUCCGUUUCUCUGGGUGUGCAGCACGUUCGAAACUUCAACCUCCCAGACGACGUCUUUGACCCCGGAGAAGAGAAGCCUCAGAAGAAAAGCGCUAAGAGCACGGCAAACAAGAAACGAGGCCCCCCAGAGGACAAUACUCCGCCGGCGAAGAGACAGCAAGCCUCGGUUGCGGCCGCUGGCUGA